AUGUCUGCUCCAAACUCCAACAACCAAUCCUCAGAUAAAAGACCCAUUACAUUUGACAACUCCACCACCGUGGGAGCCAAGAGAGUUCACAUGGAUUCUCAAACCACCAACGAAAAUUUCAUGCUGCCACCAGAAACAGAGGAGGAUCUAAUUGAAUCCUCAACCAUGAUGAAACCACCUGUGAUUUUGAAUGAAAACAUUGAAGCAUUCAUUGAACCAAUUCUGAUUGAGAUAUCUUGUGGAGAAGAUAUCGUGGAGAGUCUAAUCAACUUGGCUCGUUUCCAUCAAGCUGGUAUCGUUGUUUUAAGUGGUUUGGGUCCUGUCACUGAUGUUACUCUUCUCCAUCCACUUACUCAUACCCCUGCUUUUCCUAUUCAAGGACCCUUCAACAUGUUAUCACUCUCUGGUACUUAUAUUAAUCCUAAUUGUGGAUAUAUACCUCCUCGUUUCAUCAUCAACCCUCCAUGUUCUUCUUUUUCUGUUUUUCUUGAUGGCACUCGUAGACAAGUCUUUGGUGGUGUUAUUGGAGGGAGAGUUAUGUCUGCUGGUUCUGUUGUUGUUUCUGUUGCUCUUAUUAAGAGCUUUGAGUUUCAUCGUUUGAUCCAAAUUAAUGGACAAGUUCGUGAGUUUGAAGGUGAUGAUUCAACCUAUGGUGGUCUCAUCCCUACUCAUUUUGCACCCAACAACAAUGCUUUUAUGGCUUCAGGAUCUGGUGGUGUGGGUCCCAGUCAAACUGAGAUGAAUCAACAAAUGCUGUCUUCUUCUUUUCCAAUGGAUCUCAAUGUCAUGCAAUGGAAUCACUCCACUCGCACUGAUCAUAACGAGUCUCAACCAAAAGACUCUUAA